AUGGCCCGCGCAAGAGCGCGUGGAGGUUCAGUCAGUCUGUCAGUCAGAUUCACGUUGUCCGGCGCGGCAUUUCGCCAUUUGCAGAUCAUCUCGGUGUUGAGUUUUGAGCCAAGGAAGCAAGCUUGGGCUGAGCAACUUGGCAAGAGCUAUGCAACUGACCCCGACGAAACACUGCUCACUAAACCAAAUACAGCAACUGAAACACCGCUCCUCUCCGUCGCAGAGUGUGGAGUCCGAGAAGAGAAGGAAUACCAAAGUGAAGGAAUCCAACAGGUCUGCAAAUCAGACAGACCACUUCCGACAAAGAACUCGAAACCCUUGCUGCACAAGCCGAGCAAGGCGUCAUCGAAUGUGUGA